UUCAAAAAUUUCCUGUGAUUUUUAUAAUAAUAUUCGUAACUAUAAACAAUGUGUGCAAAUCAGUGAUCGAUUAUCUUUCGACCGAACUUUUUUUCGAAUUAAAAUCCAAGAUACGAUCCAGAUUAAUAAGCCGGCAAUCAUGAAGGAACACUUGAAGACACCGAGCUACGACAUGGAGUUGAGUGAACGCACGGCUUUGAGACAAAAAUUUGAAUCUAUUGACGACAUUCUACCUCAUGUGGGAAGUUUUGGAAAAUAUCAGAUGUAUUUAUUACUCGCAUUAUUUCCUUAUGGUCUCAUUUACUCAAAUUUAUAUUUUUCGACGUUUUUUUUGACACUUGUACCUCAAGAGUACUGGUGCUACGUACCAGAACUGCAGGAUUUGAAUCUCACCGCCGAACAACGAGUGCAGGCGGCAAUACCCGCUUCGGAAACAUUUCCCUACUAUGACAAGUGCAAUCACAAGGAUUUAAACUUUCGUGAACUGAUCAAGUAUAAUAUAGACAUAAAUUCGGCAGCAUGGCAAACAAAUAAAUCAGUUAAAUGUGAGAAAUGGGAGUAUAAUUUGACUCAAGUUCCUUACUUGUCAAUAAGCAGCGAGCUAGAUUGGGUAUGCGAUAAAGAAUACCUCAUAUCGAGUACACAAGCAAUUUUUUUCUGCGGCUCAAUACUUGGCUCCUUUCUAUUUGGAUGGGUUGCUGAUCAUAAAGGACGUGUACCGGCAUUAGUUAUCAGCUGUUUAGUAUCUGGCGUUGGUACUGUUGCUACUGCUUGGUCUAAUAAUUUUUGGACUUUUGCAUUGUGUCGUUUUAUUACUGGAUUAGCAUUUGAUAAUUGUAUUAAUAUACCUCUUAUUGUCGUUGUUGAAUAUAUGGCAAUAAAUAGACGGACAAUAGUAUUUAAUAUCGCGUUCGGAAUUUAUUUUGCACUCGGGAGUACUGCGCUGCCAUGGGUCGCGUAUUAUGUUGCUAACUGGAGACAUUUUGCGUAUAUCGUUUCUAUACCACUAAUUAUUGGAUUAUUCACACCGUGGAUUUUACCAGAAAGUGCACGAUGGUAUGCAUCUACUGAGCAGUGGGAUAAAGUAGUAGAGAAUUUAAAAAAUGUUGCCCGGGUGAAUGACAAGAAUCCAGAUCCCAGGAUUUAUGAGACCUUCAUUAGCAAUGCUGGUGAUAUUAAUAACCAUGUUGAGUCUGCGACAUUAUUCGACCUAUUUAAAACACCACGACUGGCUAGGACUACAAUCCUCUUAAUUACUUUUUGGACGUUUAUGAUUAUUUGUUUUGAUGGACAUAUCUACUCGUUAAGACUUUUACGUAGUUCAGUAUUUGUUUCAUUUACUCUGUCGUCAGCAACAGAACUACCAGCUGGUUUGCUUGUAACACUUAUUCUAGAUCGAUGGGGACGUAGAUUUUGUGGAUUUCUUACUCUCGGUGCUAUUGGAGCUUGCAGUUUUACUGAACUUUAUUUACCAUCAACUGAAGCUAAACUGAGUUCAUCAGUGGUGGCACGAUUUUCUGCAAACAUGGCUGCAAAUAUUGGUCUUCAAUACGCUACAGAAUUACUUCCAACACCUGUAAGAGCUCAAGGCGUUGCAUUAGUGCAUCUGUUUGGUAUUCUCGCUCACGCUGUAGCUCCUUAUAUAACUGAUCUCGCAUCAAUUUGGACUGGUUUACCAAUGAUGGUUGUUGGUAUACUAGCAUUAACAACAUCAUUGUUAGUAUUAUUUCUGCCAGAAACAGCUGGGCGGGAACUACCUCAAACAUUACAACAGGGCGAGGAAUUCAGUAAAGGUGAUCAUUUUUGGUCAUUUCCCUGUUGCAAUAAAAUCGAUGUCGAGCGGCAUAGAAAUGACAAUAGUAAUUGUACGAUAGAACGAUAAUCAUUUAUUAUAAUACAAUCAUUAAUACUAUUUAUCUACAUAUUUUUCUAGUGAAUCGAAUCUUCCAAAGAUUAUUAUUAUAAAUUAUAUUACACACUUUAUUCAUUAAUUACUCAAUAACCAUUAAAUUACUUCACUACUUGAAAAAAAAAUCAUAAACAUUACUCUAUCGAUUUUAUUAAUUGCUUAAUAAUAAUUACAGCGUUACGUUUAAUUAAAAUAUAACGAUAUACAAUGAUGUAUACUUUAAAUUCUUAGAGUAUAGUACAGUGAUAUGUUUUAAUAUUUUUAUUUUAUUUAUACAAAGUUUUUAAAUCGAUUCGAAUUUUAAAUAUCAAUUAAUUGCUCUUAGCAGCCUAUUUUAAUAAAAAACUAUUGACUGUUAAUUAAUAAUAAAAAUAAUAAUAAUAAUAAUAAUAAUAAUAAUAAUAAUAAUAAUAAUAAUAAUAAUA